CCAUGCAUCCAUGUCCUCCAACUAUAGUGUGUUCUGGUCUUGGAGCCAGACGAAAAGUGGAGGGGAGAGGAAUCUAGGGGCAGAUUCAUUUUCUCGGGGGCAGUAAGUGGCCAGAGGGGCUUUAAGGGACUUCAAAGGCAGGACUGGAAAAACUUGCCUGGAAAUCGGAAUGUUUUACUCCUAAUGUUGACUUGCCGUUUGCCUCUUCCACAUAUAAACCCCGUUUAGUAAGUUUGUAGCACUUUAAAGCGCAAUGGCCGAGCCGCUGAGUUUCAUGCAUCAUGAUCAGGGCUCCAGCAGCGAGCGGAGCGACGACUCACCGUCUGCCGUCUCUGAGGAUGACUCUAGCGGCCACUGCGGCCACAUCUCCCCGCCUGACCCAGACUGGACCGAGGAAAGGUUUCGAGUUGACCGCAAGAAACUAGAAACUAUGUUACUGGUGGCCAGUGAGGGGAGGAUAAAUGGAGGAGAGGAUUUUUUUCAGAAGGUCAUGGAUGAAACCAACACUCAGAUUGCCUGGCCGUCCAAACUGAAGAUUGGAGCAAAGUCCAAGAAAGAUCCACAUAUUAAGGUCAGCGGAAAAAGGGAAGAUGUGCAAGAGGCAAAAGAGAAAAUAAUGUCCGUUCUCGACACAAAGAGCAAUCGUGUGACCCUGAAGAUGGAUGUAUCACACAACGAGCACUCGCAUGUUAUUGGGAAAGGAGGGAAUAACAUCAAACGAGUGAUGGAAGAGACUGGUUGUCACAUACACUUCCCUGACUCCAACAGACACAGCCAAGGGGAGAAGAGCAAUCAGGUGUCAAUAGCGGGGCAGCUGACUGGUGUAGAAGCAGCCAGAGUUAAAAUACGGGAGCUGUUGCCAUUGAUGCUGAUGUUUGAAUGCAGUGGUUUAAUGCAGCAUGUGGACUGUAGCUCUCCUGUAGUUCAGCAUAUUUCCCACACUUACAAUGUCUCCAUCUCCUUCAAACCACCCUCUCGUCUCUAUGGCAACACUGCCAUAGUCCGUGGCAACCAGAACAAUGCCAGUGGCGUUAAGUGCGGUACGGCUUUGUUAUUGGAGCACCUUGCUGGGUCUUUGGCCAGCUCAGUGCUGGUCAGCACACAACUGGACAUCGCACCCCAGCACCACAACUUCCUUCUGGGCCGCAACGGCGCCAACGUCAAGAACAUCUCCCAGAGCACUGGAGCCCACAUACACUUCCCCGAGCUCAACACUCACAGCACACUCACUAGCCGCUCUUCCGUCCACAUACAGGGCAGCAUUGAUGCCGUAUGUGCGGCUAGACAGCAGCUAAUGGGCUGUCUGCCAUUGGUGUUGCUGUUUGACAUUAAGGAGGAGAUGGAGGUGGCAUCUCAGGUCAUCACUACACUCAUGGAGCAGCUGGACGUCUUCAUCAGUAUUAAACCGAAACCGAAACAACUCAGCAAGUCUGUGAUAGUAAAGAGCGUGGAAAGGAAUGCUGGGAGUAUGUAUGAGGUACGCAGGAUCCUGUUGGGGCUGGAGUCCAGCUGUGUGCCUCCUCCUAUCAACCAUUUGGCUGUUAACGGACAUGCCCCUCCCUCCCCUCCCCUGCCUGGCUCCAUUGGACUGGACUCCCUAGCUUCAGCUGGACUGAGGCUAAGCACUCUAGCUGGUCUUCUAAGGUCAUCUGUCAGCUCCAUUCCUAAUGGUUCCCCAAACCCAAACUGUGUUCUUAAUGGGCACGGCUCUGUGUUAAAGAUUCAGAAUGGAGCAGUGAACAACACACAGCACAUUCAUUCACCGUCACAGACACAUUCACAUGCUCCUGGUCACACAGCUUCACUUUGGGCCAGUGCACUCAGUUCAUCAGCUAACACAACAGGGUUUUCCACAGACCUGAUGUUGCAGUCAGUGUCUCAGUCGACUCUCAGUGGUCUUCUGCUCUCUGGGGUCCAGAGUCAAGCACACGCUCACACACCGUCCCCUCCACCUGGACUCGCACCAUUACACAAACCAGCCAGUGCAGAACGUCUCAAUGGACAUAUCGCCAGUUCUGUGUACAGUCGAAUCUCCUCUGUAUCACUGAACUCUGCCCACUGUGACACAACCCAGGAAGUCAUUGGACACACCCAAUCAGAAUCAAUUUCCAAUAAAUCUGCAGAUGAAGGCUCGGAUACGUUUGUUGAAGUGGGCAUGCCCAGAAGCCCAUCUCACUCAGCCAAUGGGAGUGAGCUGAAGCAGAUGCUGGCCUCGUCACGGAAACGACAAACAGUGGAACUUCUGCAGAGAACCAAGAACUCACUUCUUCGUGUUGAGUGUGUGUUGGGUGAUUCUGAUUGUGAGAAUCCAGUGGCUGACAAAAGAGCACCAGGAAGUGAGAGAGCUGCAGAAAGACGACUUGCACCACAUAUGCAGGCUUUUGACUAUGAGAAAAAGAAGCUACUGGCCACUAAAGCCAUGCUGAAGAAGCCGGUUGUGACAGAGAUUCGGACACCCACAAAUACCUGGAGCGGAUUGGGCUUCUCUAAAUCAAUGCCAGCGGAGAGCAUUAAAGAGCUGCGCAGGGCACACCAUGUACCGUAUAAACCCAGCAUAAGCACAACUUAUGAGGACUCUCAUCUCUCUGUCUCACACUCUGGGAGUCAGGAGGGUUUGGGUAACGACACCAAAUCCGAUAAUUGGGGGGAUUUGAAUGGGAACGUUAACAUCAAUGGGAAUGGACUGCCAGGAAAUUUAGAAUUUUCCCCUGCUGUCAGCAGCUCAAAGAGAAUCAAGAACAAAUCUUUAGGUGAGCAGUAUCUCAGCAGCAGUAAUUAUAUGGACAGUAUCUCUAUGUCUGGCAGCAAUGGCUGCUCUCUCAGUUCAUGUCUCAAAGGAACAGAUCUCCCUGAGCUGUUCAGCAAACUCGGUCUCGGCAAAUACACAGACAUCUUUCAGCAGCAGGAGAUAGAUCUGCAAACAUUUGUCACACUAACGGAUCCAGACCUGAAGGAACUGGGAAUCACAACAUUUGGUGCUCGCAGGAAAAUGUCACUGGCGAUCUCGGAGUUGAAUAAGAGCAGGAGGAAGCUCUUUGAUACACCCAACAUUCGUUCCUCCUUCCUAGAAGGCGGGGCCAGUGGUCGUCUGUCGCGCCAGUUCCACCCAGACAUGGCGAGUGUCAGUGGUCGCUGGUGAAUGUGGGA